AUGGAAUCUGUUCAGGUCAACUCCAAGUUAUCUACUUUGCCUGCGGAGAACGCAAUUAACAGCGACCAUGGAGAAUGCACGAUCUUUCGUUACGGCGAAAAGGAAAAUCGCGGGGAUAUCGAAAUGGCCAGUGCCCAACUCGAAGAGAUUCAAAUUUUCAAACAAGGACUUCAUCAACGACAUAUUCAGAUGAUUGCCUUAGCAGGGACAAUUGGUACUGGUCUUUUUCUCAGUUCUGGUCAGGCAAUUGCAGCGGCUGGACCAUUGGGCGCUUUCAUGGCGUAUUCGAUCGUCGGCCUCAGUGUUUCCAGCGUCAUUUUCGCCGUGGGUGAAAUGGGUGCGCUCGUUCCACUCAAUGGGGGUGUGAUCCGAUAUGCAGAACUAUUUUGUGAUCCGGCUUUAGCAUUUGCUAAUGGGUGGAAUCAAAUAUAUUCCUAUCUCGUCUCCAUCCCAGCUGAGCUUGUCGCCGCUGCAGUGAUUGUGGAGUUCUGGGCAACGGUGAACAAUGCCAUCUGGAUUACCAUCUUCGGUCUAUUGAUGGUUAUGACUGCUCUUGUUUUUGUUCGAGUUUAUGGAGAGUUAGAGUUCUGCUUCUCUAUACUUAAAAUUAUGUUGAUUGUUGCGAUCAAUAUAAUGGCAUUGGUGGUUACUUGUGGUGGUGGUCCGAACCAUACUGCUAUUGGAUUCAGCUACUGGGUUAAACCAGGCCCAAUGGUCCAAUAUCUCGGUGUACCUGGCUCGCUAGGUCGUUUUCUUGGCUUCUGGAAAACCUUCGACAACGCUCUCUACGCUUAUUCAGGGAUUGAGAAUAUCACUGUGGCCGCCGCCGAGACAAAAAAUCCCCGCACAGCUAUUCCAAUGGCAGCGAGGCGAAUAUUCUUCCGAAUUCUUAUCUUUUACGUUCUGACGAUUUUCAUGGUUGGAUUGGUUGUACCCUCUGACGACCCGAGCCUUUUGAACUCUACCAACACCGCCUCACAGUCCCCAUUUGUCAUUGCAGCUCGCAAUGCAGGAAUAAAAGUGUUCCCAUCGGUCAUCAAUGCAGUUGUCUUAACUUCCGCAUGGUCGUCUGGAAAUUCCAACAUGCUUGGUGGGUCUCGGAUUCUGUUCGGAAUGGCUGUUCAUGGCCAUGCGCCCGCAAUAUUCAAACGGACGAGUCGUUUUGGGAUACCUUACGUGGCAGUUAUGUUAUAUGGGCUUUUCAUGGGACUAGGCUAUAUGACUCUUUCGAGCUCUGCUAGUAACGUAUUUUCCUGGAUGCAGAGUAUUGUCUCGAUAUCCACGCUUGUCAACUUUAUAUGCAUUUGCAUAGUCUAUCUGCGCUUCGUAUACGGUUGUCAAAAGCAGGGGAUUGAUCGGCACCAGGAACUGCCAUGGGCAGCACCUUUUCAACCAUUCACCACCUGGGUAUCUUUAUUGAUAUUUGUUCUUCUUCUCUUCACUGGUGGGUUUACCACCUUCAUGAAGGGGAGAUGGAGUACAGAAACCUUCAUCUCCUCCUACAUCAAUUUGCCUCUUUUUGUUAUGGUAUAUGCUGGCUACAAGCUGUUCAUGAAAACCAAAAUUCUCCCUUUGGAGGAUAUUCCAAUUCGACCAUUCAUUGAAAGUGCGAGAAACAGCCCAGAGCCACCAGUCAAAAGGAAGCGAGGACUAGCGAGGCUCAACAUUUUGUGGUCUUAG